GGAGUAUGCAAGUGACCUGAAAGUGUUCUGAAAAAGACGGUCAUGACAUCAACAGCAAGUCAAGCUGCCUCAAUGAUCCUGCUGAAGUUUAGCACUGUUUUCAUUUUCUUAAAAAAAAGAAAGAUAAAAAUCUGUUGAAAUUAACUAAUCUGAGCCAAACUAGGAAGAAUGGAACAAUCAAUAUUAAGGUCAUACUUUUUUGUUCCUCUCAAUACAAAGAUUAGCAAAUUUAAUUAGCCGUGAAUUUUUGCUAAAAACUACAAUAGUCCAUCUCAUCUUUAUAAUUACCAAUCUGAACAUCUGAUGAAGCACAGAACCUGUGUUUUAAUGUAAAAAUGUUAAGGAUUUUUGGAAUGAUUUAACAUAUUGUUUUUGAAAGUUUGUAAUCUCCUUGAGCUCACCAAAGAAAACAUAUUAUUUGUUUGCUUUGUGAAGAUUAGAAUAUUGACAUUGCAGAGAAUGCUUUUCAAAUUUGGAUUAACUAGAGUGUCACAGGGGGGGCAAGAGAGGGAGAGAACACAGAGGACUAGGAAAAAAUGUAAUACUAAAGAACAGCUACACAAACAUUGUUACUAGAGCAACUAAGAAUAACUAGGAACAGAAAUACACAUGACCACAAACACUAUGAAGAACUAAACUAAAAUAAUACAGAAACAAGACUGAUAUAAAUAAAAGAGGAACAAAGGGACAGAAAAGAUUGAAAUCCAACUAAACAGCAGCAGAUCCUAACAGAGGUCUUCUUUCAAGCUGACAAUGCUAACCAGAAAGCAUGUGGUCUGCUUUCUUUUUGAUAUGGAUUAUCUUAUAUCUGUCUGCUUUAAAUACAUUGCUUAACUCUCUCGAAGGUUAAAGUGGGUUUUUUUGUUUGUUUGUUUUUUGUGCUUUGUCUUCAUGCGGUCUUUACCCAGCUCCCCUCUAGCACAAGAAGGGGAUCUCCCACGGUCUCGUCAAGGCAAGAACCGCCUCUGCAUGUCACGUCAAUUUGAUUGGCUGAUGAAUGCCACACGAAUAACGUCACGCAUUUGGGCUCUGAGCAAACCAAAGCGACAUCAUGACGAGCUUUCUAUCCAAAAUCCUCUUCUUUACCACCAUAGCCGGCUUUUCCUGGUGUUUUCGUAACGAUACGAGUCCAGAGGAAAACCCAAACAUACCGGUCAUCGCCAAGUAUUUCGGCACGAAAGGAAGGUACGAGGAAGUUAACCCUUACCUGAUACGGGACAUACUCGCUGUAAACAGGUCUGGUUUGCAGCCUCCGUCCCCGCAAUGUCGCGAAAUCCAUCUGACGGCCGUCAUAAGACACGGGACGCGAUACCCGACGAGCAAAAACGUGAAGAAGAUGCAGAAACUUUACAAGCUGGUCCAGAGCAGCGCUCGCGGGAAUGAGAGCUGGCUGCAAGAUAUCCUGACCCAGUGGACGAUGUGGUACACUGAGGACAUGGACGGUCGACUGGUCCAGAAAGGUGUGGAGGAUCUGAAGCAUCUGGCCGUCAGGUUGUCAAAGCUCUUCCCGACAAUCGUCUCUGAGGAGAAACUUCGAGGUGGACUCUUCAAGUUCAUAACCAGCUCCAAGCACCGAUGUGUGAACAGCACGCUGUCCUUCAAAGCAGGGCUGAUGGAGACGUGGGCCAUCACAGAUGUGGAGUUUGAGCAUGCAGUGAACGAUGCUCUAAUGAGGUUCUUUGACAAGUGCACCAAGUUUGUGCAGGAAGUUGACAACAACCCGUCAGCUUUGACAGAGAUGGACAAGUUCACACAGGGACCAGAGAUGGUGAGGGUCCAGAAGAAGAUCGCUGACCGUCUGAAUGUCCCAUAUCAUCUCAUCACAUACGAUAUGGUGGAGGCUGCCUUCUACUUAUGUGCUUAUGAGUUUGCCAUCAAGACAGUGAACUCCCCGUGGUGCCGCCUCUUCGACGAGGUCGAUGGACAGGUAAUGGAGUAUGCACUUGAUUUGAAGCAGUUCUGGAAAAGAGGCUAUGGAUACGACAUCAACAGCAAGUCGAGCUGCAUUCUGUUCCACGACGUGUUCAGUCGCCUGGACAAAGCAGUUCAUGACCACAAUUCUGGUCAGGCGGUGACUGAAGCCGUGACGGUGCAGGUCGGACACGCAGAGACCCUCCUGCCCCUCCUCACGCUCCUGGGCUUCUUCAAGGACAGGGAAACUCUGACAUCCGCCAACUACGCCUCACAGAGAGAGCGCUCCUUCCGCACCAGCCGUAUGUUACCGUAUGCUGCUAAUUUGGUCCUGGUUCUGUUCGACUGCGGAGGACGGGACAUCAGACUGCAGCCUCUGGUCAACGAGCAGCCGGUCGUCUUCCCAGGUCUGGCUGACCGGCAGGAGUCCAUGCCGCUCUAUGAGGACGUCAAAAGACAGUAUGCGGAGCUGCUUAACGGGUGUGACUAUGAGACUGUGUGUGAGCUUUUCAAACCAGCUGAGCCUUAAGGAACAAAGGUUUUAUUGGCUUUAAUGUUUUUCUUUGAAGAAUGGAGUCAAAUCAGUGUUUCAGAUGACAACAUAUUGUUUUUAUUGCUUUGAAAAUGAAAGCCAUUAAUACCUCACUGUUGGCUAAUUGUUGUCUUUGUGCCACAAAGUGUUCCCUGCCUAGGAGAUUAAAUUUAGAUCAUUUUACCAUAUAGUAUUACAGCUGAUCACCUCACUGAAGCUUUUCCAAAGUUGGCUUUUCUGUGACUUGGAUGUUGUUUCGUUUAAACCGGUUGAAUUUUUUUAGGAUUCAUGUGAUUUAUGAUUGACUAAAGAUGAUUCAUGAUUCAGGGUUUAAUAAAUUUAUUGCAUUUAGAGUUGUGAAAAAAAAAUGUGUGCAGUUCUGUUUUCACUUGCACUUAAAUGUUUCAGGCCAUCAAACAAAUGCUAAAGUGCAAUAAAGGUACAUAAAGCAGCUGUCAAA